GCCGACGCCCAGACUCCUGCUACUAUCGUAACGGAUGCCUCGACCACCGCUUCCGGCCGUCGCAAGUUUCCCUCUCAACAUAAGACCAUCCCCUGCACCAUCGCAGGCUGCACCAAGAAGUUCAACAGGCCAGCGCGCCUCGUGGCGCACAUGCGGUCGCAUAACAAUGAGCGGCCCUACAAGUGCACCUACGAAGGCUGUGACAAGGCCUACAGCGACAACAAGCACCUGAAGGUUCACAUCGUUUCCGCCCAUACCAAGGAGACCAAGUUCGUCUGCCCGCAGUGCGACAAGGGCUUCGCAACAAGUCAGCGGCUCAAGGCGCACGCCCUCGCCCACCAGGGCAAGGAGCGCUUCCGGUGCCGCGGCUACCCACCCUGCGACCAGUCCUUCCGAAAGCACCAGACCCUCCAGCGACACGUCCUGAAGGACCACCUCGGCCAGAAGCCCUACCCAUGUACCCACGAGGGCUGCACCGAGUCCUACGACACGGCCAACUCCCUCAAAGCACACGUGACGCGCGAGCACGGCGAGUUGCGUUUCUGGUGCGACGAGUGUUCACAGGCGGCAGCGGGGGACGGCGACGAGAAGAAGCCCGUAGGCUUCACGACGCAGUUCCUGCUGGAGCGUCACAUCCGUUCGGAACAUGUUAACUGCAUUUUCUGCGACGGACUGAAGUUCAACGGGCAGUACUUGCUGGAGCAGCACAUGGAGAUCUACCACUCCGGGCUGACGGUGAAGGACCGCAAGACGGUGCCGUGCGACUUCGACGGCUGCGACAAGAGCUUCACAAAGAAGAGUAAUAUGAAGGUACACUAUCGCGCGGCGCACGAGGGUCUGCGGUAUGUCUGCGGCAAGUUGGAUACGAGCGACAGCCUCGGCCUGCAGGACUGGAACUGGGCUGAGGAGGGCUGCGGAGAGACCUUCACGACCAAGGUCGGGUUGGAGAUGCACGUCACCUAUGUACAUCUGGGCAAGCAGCGACCCUUGUACGAGAGCCCAAGCUAUGCAGAAUACGAUGCCGCUCCCGGUUCCCACAGCAAAAUGGCCACCCUGGACGACAUUUCGGGAGUGGCAGAGUACGAGCGUCGACAGAUUCCCUGUGCGGUCCCUGGGUGCAUCGCCCGGUUCAUCCGUUACGCCGAGCUGAGCGGACACAUGCAGGCUGCGCAC